CUAAGUUGCGCCCUCUGUUGAGCCUCUGCAUUGCCUCUUGUCCCUCGUUAAAUAUUCCUUAGACUUCUAAAGAGGUACCAUCAUGAAACAACGCUUCUCGUCCCUUGACGUUAAGGUCAUUGCGAAUGAAUUAUCAACUUCCCUCACCGGCCUCCGCCUCUCAAACGUCUACGAUCUCUCCAGUCGAAUCUUCCUGUUCAAAUUCGCAAAACCCGGAAGACGAGAACAACUUCUCCUUGACUCCGGCUUCCGCUGCCACCUGACCUCCUUCUCGCGAACCGCAGCCACUCAGCCCUCCGCCUUCGUUAGCAGACUACGCCACUACCUCAAGAGCAAGCGUGUCACCGGUAUCUCCCAGGUCGGCACCGACCGAGUGAUAGAGAUCUCCUUCAGCGACGGACUGUAUCGCUUGUUCUUGGAAUUCUUUGCUGCGGGAAACAUCAUCGUCACAGAUGCGGAUCUCAAUGUUCUCGCCCUGCAGCGACAGGUCAAUGAAGGAGAUGCAGACGUGGAUGUCAAAUUGGGGGGCAAGUACAAACUUGAGCCAAAACAGAACUUCCAUGGCGUACCUCCCAUAUCAGAAGAACGAGUCAGAGAAGUUCUCCAGAAGGCGGUUGAACGCUCGAAAGCUGCAAAAGAGGUGGGCGGCAAGAAAGCGAAACGAGCAAAGGGUGUCGAUGAUCUGGGAAAAGCUCUGAGUGCCGGCUUUCCCGAAUUUCCUCAGCACUUGCUCGAGCAUGCAUUUAGAGAAACGGGCGUCGAUCCGACGUUAAAAGCAGACGAUGUUCUAGGAGACUCAAAGUCUCUACGGACAGUCAUGACCGCAUUGCAGACCGCAGACGAGAUCUUCAAGUCCCUGGGAACCGGACAAUCGAAAGGGUACAUUAUCGCGAAGCAAAAGUCCCCUCCGCCAGGCGAGACGGAGCCCUCAGGCGCACAAGAAACGACCAGGGAGUCCGUUCUCUAUGACGAUUUCCAUCCAUUUCGGCCAAUCCAGUUUCAAAACAAGCCCGGCGUUCAUAUUCUCGAGUUCGACGGCUUCAAUCGUACGGUAGACGAGUUCUAUUCGUCCAUCGAAUCUCAGAAGCUGGAAUCCCGACUGACGGAGCGAGAAGAAAUCGCGAAGCGGAAAUUGCAAGUUGCGAAAGAUGAGCACGAAAAGAGAUUGGCAGGCCUUCAGCAGGUGCAGGAAUUGCAUGUCCGGAAGGCUCAAGCCAUCGAAGCGAACAUUCACCGCGUGGAGGAAGCUUGUGCUGCGGUCAACGGUCUGAUCGCGCAAGGCAUGGAUUGGAUAGAUAUUGGGAAGCUCAUCGAAAACGAGCAGAAGCGAGGUAAUGUUGUGGCUCAGAUGGUCAAACUUCCCCUCAAGCUGGAGGAGAACACGGUAACUCUCCUGCUUGACGAACCCAGCUUCGACGAGGGCUACGAGAGUGAUGAAGAAGAUGAAACUGAUGACGAGGCCGAAUCCGACGAGGAAGACCAGGGGACUCGAGGCAAAGGUGGAUCCUCGACAGAUAAACGACUGGCGAUUGAUAUUGACCUUGCGCUGUCACCUUGGGCCAACGCACGCCUGUACCACGACCAGAAGAAAUCUGCAGCCGUCAAAGAGAAAAAGACUGUGGAGGCAUCCUCAAAGGCGCUCAAGUCUGCCGAGCAGAAGAUAGAAGCAGAUCUCAAGAAAGGCUUGAAGCAAGAGAAGGCGGUCCUGAGACCGGCAAGGAAGCAGUUCUGGUUCGAAAAAUUCUUGUACUUCAUCUCGAGUGACGGUUAUCUUGUCAUUGGAGGCAAAGACGCCCAGCAGAACGAGCUUCUCUACAGGAGAUACCUGAAGAAGGGCGACGUCUAUGUACACGCCGACUUGCAAGGGGCCUCGAGUGUGAUUGUGAAGAACAACCCGCGGACCCCAGAUGCGCCGAUUCCUCCUUCCACUCUUUCUCAAGCUGGUACAUUGACCGUCUGCACCAGCAGUGCAUGGGACUCGAAGGCGUUGAUGGGGGCCUGGUGGGUCAACGCGGACCAGGUGAGCAAGACAGCUCCAACGGGCGAGUAUCUUACUGCUGGCGGAUUCGUCAUCCGGGGCCGCAAGAUUCAGUUAACGCCGAGUCAGUUGCUCCUUGGAUUUGGCGUUCUGUGGUUGAUUAGCGAGGAAAGCAGAGUCAAUCAUGGCAAGCACCGGUUGGACAGGACAGAGAGCAUGCUUCCGGGCGAGGCGGAAGCAUUAGCCAACGACGUGAGAGGGUUUUCUACCGGAAAACAAGACGUUUCAGAAGAGGUCGGUCCCGAUCAAGGACAAGCUGUACCGGAUGUUGAAGAUGCUGCCGAUGCCGCUGUGGAAGAAGAGGAGGACGAUGAUCACGGAGCAGCCUUAAAUGAGGUGCCCGAACUGCCAGGCAAUGUUGAUGGCGACGCUGACGACCGUGACUCCACGGAUACUUCAGAGGCGGAGGAAGAAAGGUCGAACCCUCUGCAGGCCAAUCUUGCUCAAUCCUGCCAGGAUACUAAGGAUGAUGACGACGAGGAGGACAAGCUAUCGGUCGGAAUCGAGGAUGAGACAAAAGAGCAGCACUCAGACGAAGCGUCACAAGGAGAAGAGUCCGACGACACUCCAGCUACGCAGCCAUCUACGCGGGCGUCCACACCGGCAUCCGCAUCCCAAGCCAUGGCGAAGUCCAAACCUGCACAGCUCGCCCGCGGGAAGCGCACCAAACUCAAGCGCGCCCAAAAGAAAUAUGCCGACCAAGACGAGGAAGACCGCGCUCUAGCCAUGCAACUCCUCGGGUCCAAUCGCUCACAAGAACGCAAAGAAGCAGCCGAAGCGGAAAAGGCCGUGCGCGAAGCCAAGGCUCAAGCAGACAAGGAACGACGCAGAGCACAACACUCAAAGGCGGCGGAGAGGGAACGCCUCCGUCGCGACAGGCUCGAGAAGGCGGCCGCCAGCGGUGCAAAUGGCGGAGAAGGGGCCGACUUGGACGAAGAUGACGAAUUGAGCAAGGAGCAGCUGGAACAGGAGCGGCGCGAACUGCUGGAUAUAGACCGGCUGGUGCCCAUGCCGGAACCGGGCGACGAGCUCCUCGCAGCCAUCCCCGUUGUGGCGCCCUGGACGGCCCUGGCCCGUCAGAAGUACAAGAUCAAGUUACAGCCCGGCAACGUUAAGAAGGGCAAAGUGGUCCGCGAGAUCCUGGGGUUCUGGACCUCGCUCGCCACGAGGGGCCCCAAGGUUGUGGACGAACAGAAUCGCGAAAAGGAGAAGGUCUGGAGGCGCGAGAUGGACCUGUUGAAGGAGUGGAGGCUCGAAGAAAUCGUCGGGGCCUUGCCCGUCAAGGGGUGUCGGAUUGUCCAGAGUGGAGGGCUGGGCGGUGCGUUGGGAGGUGGGAGUGCUGGAGGUGGCGGCGGGGGAGGAGGUAAAGGUGGUGGUGGGAAGGGGAAGGGCAAGGCAGGAGGUGGGAAGAAGGGGAGAUAG